UAAACAGAACAAGCCGGGUGGAAAGCGAGGGCAUCUGCGAGUUUCGGCUACGGGUUUAGUAGACCGUCAUAGCUAGCUUUAGGAACCAAAGAUCAGUUCCUAUAUUUAUUAUUUCUCGCCGUAUGAUGAUUUUUUGAAAUGGCACAGAAAGACACUUUAUUACAUCUCUUCGCAGGGGGAUGUGGCGGUACAGUCGGUGCUAUUAUGACCUGUCCCCUGGAGGUUUUGAAAACCAGGCUGCAGUCGUCAGGUCUCACCCUCAGGCCUGUGCUUCAGGUACAGCUGGGCACACUGCACGGAACUAGUGUCAUCAGACCUGGACCUGUUAGCCCAAGCCUCUGGCAGGUGCUUCGGUCCAUUCUGGAAAAAGAGGGGCCGAGAUCGCUCUUCAGAGGACUGGGCCCGAAUCUCGUUGGUGUUGCACCAUCAAGAGCGAUUUACUUUGCAGCCUACUCCAAAUCCAAAGAGACAUUCAAUGGCGUCUUUGUGCCCAACAGUGGAAUUGUCCACAUGUCUUCGGCAGGCUUUGCAGCCUUUGUUACAAACUCCCUAAUGAACCCCAUCUGGAUGGUGAAGACACGGAUGCAGCUUGAAAAGAAAGCCCGUGGGGAGAAGAAGAUGAACGCUUUGCAAUGCGCGCGCUAUGUGUACAAGACAGAGGGAAUCCGGGGUUUCUACCGUGGCCUGACGGCGUCGUAUGCAGGGAUCUCCGAAACCAUGAUCUGUUUCCUUAUCUAUGAAACGCUGAAGAAACAUUUAGAAGCCAGCCGAUUCACCUCGCCCACCACCGACACGGAGAAGGGAGCAUCAGAUUUCCUGGGCCUCAUGAUGGCAGCUGCCUUUGCCAAGGGCUGUGCCUCCUGCAUUGCAUAUCCACACGAGGUCAUUCGGACAAGACUUAGAGAAGAAGGGAGCAAAUACAAGUACUUCUUUCAGACGGCGCGACUGGUGGCUAUAGAGGAAGGCUACGCUGCUUUUUACAGAGGACUCAUUCCACAGCUCAUCAGGCAAAUCCCCAACACAGCUAUUGUGCUCUGUACUUAUGAGCUUAUUGUUCACCUGCUGGGAGACCAGUCCAAAUGACGCAGUGCUCAGUGCGCUGGCACAGGAGCCGGGUUAGGGAACAGAGCACCCACAGAGACUUCCGGAACUUCCAAAUCCGCUUAGACGGACAGAAUGUGAUCCCGUUGUGAGAGACUGUUUGGCUUGAGGAAUGGGAUUCUGAUUAAAAAUCUAUCCAAAGACUUUUAAACUUUAUUUUUUUUUAAUCUUAUUUAAUAUAUAGAGCACCAGAAGAUGUUUGGAUUUUUGUUUGGUUUCCUCGAUGACUGUGAUUACUAAAUAUGAAAAGAGGAUCUAUGGUACCAGUAGAGGGGAAACUGUUUUGAAAGUGUUCGUAUCAUUGUUUAAAAAAAGAGGUCAUCCAGACAGACAAAUUGUGAUAUUAAGUUAACUAAAUUAUUCUUAUAAAUAUUUUUAGUUGUAGAUUUUGUUAUCAUACAAGCUUUUCUGUUAUAGCCUGUAAAUUGUUUUAUGUUCAAAGAUGUUUGAGUUGUAACACAAAUGGAUUGUGUUCCAUUUCAAUUGGAAGGAAACUGAAAAGGCAUAGGAAUGUUGUUUUUUUUUUUUGUUUGUUUUUUUGAAAUACACAACAAACUCAAUUUCCAUCAUGGUGCUGGUAGUUGUGGUCAUUUUCUGCUGUAGUUUCUGUCAAUAAUCAAUCAGAGAACAGUAGGGUCUGGUUCUUCAUUUUUUGGGUACUGGUCACACCACAAAGUUUAUCUGUAUAUUUUGUUUGUGAACCAAAAUCUUUUACAGAAAAAAAGACUCGUUACAACCACAGGAUUUAAUA